UAUAUAGUUUGUUCAACAUGGAGACAACAGAGAGUUUGACCAAACAGCCAUCAGACAAGCUCGAAAUUAUAGAGCUUGAUCUGAUAAACAGCAAGGAUUAUCUUAAAAAUGUGGUCUAUCCUUAUUUCCUCGAUAUCUAUAACGAUCUCUGCCAACGCUCUGAUGAUCCGGAUAAAGGAGUUGACAAAGUGACAAUGCUGGAGUACAGCAACCUUCCCGGUAUGGUAGGAGAGAGGUUCUUCCACCUCUUUGAUGAUGAUAAAGAUGGCUAUGUCAGUAAGAAAGAGUUCGUCAAAGGGUUUAGUAGAAUAUUCUCUUCCCAUCUUGAUACAUCUCUAAGACUUAUUUUUGAAUUUUAUGAUUUUGAUGAGGAUUAUCUCGUCAACAAAGAAGAUAUCCGGAUUAUUCUGUCAUACGUGCCAAUAUGAGAAAUGGCUAAUAAAGAACGUGAAAAAGAAGGGAAAUACACGUCUGGGAUAGGAGCUGAGACUUCCUUCUCAGACAGGAAAGAAGCCCAGGGAGAAAUCCAAGAACUUCUGGACAAAAUGUUUGAAAAUAGAUCUAAGAUAAAUUAUGAGGAGUUUAAAUAAGUUCAACCAAGAAGUCACUUCUGAGGCUUUGCUUUGUAUUCUAAACACUCUUAGAAAUUCCUUACCAUGAACGAAUAACUUUUAUUUAUAUCUGAGAAAUUAUCAAAAGGUGCUAGAAAAGGGGACAAAGGCAACUACAUUGAAGGAAUCUAUGAAGCCUAGCUUAAGUGCUACCCCUCAGAUUAAGAGUUCUCCGCUAGCAUCUCCUUCGAUGGGUAAGAAAUUCUUAGCUACUUCCUUAUUGGUCUCUGAGAAAAUUCAGAAAAAGGAAAUUCCUAAAGAUCUCGUCAAGAACGAUGCUCAAAAUGCGCUGCUCAAGUACGCAUUAGGAUCAGAUUCUUAUGAGAAAAUCUCGAAAGAAGACUCCAAAAGAGCAGAAGGAGCUGGCUUAAAAUCCUCUGUCAUGGCAAGUGAAGCCAAAUCUAAGAGACUUAUGGAGAUUGCUAAGCUUCAAGAGGAUUUAAACAUUGACUACAAUGCUGUCAGAAUGCCCAAUUCCAAAACUAAGGUAAAUUUCAAGGCCACCAAGGUGCUGGAGGAGGAGAAGAAGUCCUUGAAUGUCAUAAUGGAUGACAACCCUACUAAUAACCUUCUGAGAUCCCCCAGUACUUUCCUUAAGGGAACCAAGAAAGUGCCAAAAGAGUUAGGCAAGAUCUGCAUUUGCGGGAGAAUGCCAGUAAUGGAGGGCGAAGAUAGCUGCAUGCUCUGUGAGAAAAAGGACAUCAAAAUGGAAGGAUAUCUCCUUCGUAGAGCUAAGAAAAAGAACAAGCUGAAAUAAAGAAUGGUUCUCCCUCCUUGGUCGAGAGCUUUAUUACUACAGAAGUAAGAAAGAAAGUCAGCAUAAGAACCUGUAUGUCUUAGUUGGUGUGUAUAUUAUGAAGGAAGAUUUCAUAAUGUUUCAAGGCGAGUUAAAAUUGUUCCCAUUCACCUUAGUUUUCCCUCACAAAACAAGAACAUUUUAUCUUCUAAAGGAGCUUGAGAGAGACAAAUGGGUAAAGAUUCUGAAGUCUGUAGUCGGAUACGCAGACUUUUUCGAUUUCUACAAUCCUCAGGAAAUCAUAGGCAAGGGGAAGUUUGGAGUGGUCAAGAGUGCUUUGCAUUUAAAAACUGGGAAAUAAGGUAGCAGUCAAAAUCCUUCAGAAAAGCGAAAUGUCUAACAAAGAUUUGGAGCUACAGAAAUAGAGAAAUAGAGAUUUUGAAGAUAUGUCAGUUUCCGAAUAUAAUCAGACUCCUGGAUAUAUUUGAGAACGACACUACUCUGUUCUUAAUCCUUGAAUAUCUUCCUGGUGGAGACAUGUUUGACUACCUACAAGACCGAGGAUUUGAUAUUGAGGAAUCAAAAGCCCAGGAGUUUGUAAAGAAAAUAGCCAAUGCGCUUGAGGAUCUUAAACCAGAGAAUAUAUUAAUGAGCUCGAAAGAUGAUAGUGCGGAUAUAAAACUGAGUGAUUUUGGUCUUUCAAAAAUUAUCGCUCCAAAUGAAAGAUCCGAUGAGCCAUUUGGAACAAUCUCAUAUGCUGCCCCAGAGGUACUUUUAGGAGAAGAAUAUGAUAAAUCUGUUGAUCUAUGGAGUAUUGGAGUUGUUAGCUAUCUCCUCGUAUCCGGAACUCUUCCAUUUGAUGAUGACAAUGAAGACCUAAUUUUGGAAAGAGCAAUAAAUGAAGAGCCUGAUUACCACAGUCCUUGGAUCGCCAAGGUUUCUAAAGAAGGCAAAGACUUUAUAAAAAGAUGCCUGUCUAAGGAUGCAUCAAAAAGAUUAACUCUCAAAGAAGCUUUGAAUCAUCCUUGGCUUGCUUAACUUAAUGAUUAAUUAUAUAAACUCAUCCCAACCUCUAUUA